AUGACUUUAUUAUACCAGAUGGUCCCUUUCAUUUUAUUUGCCUCAGUUUCUGGUGAAUGUGUGACUAAGCUGUUCAAAGACACCUGCUUCCAAGGAGGUGGCCUUACAACUGUUUUUACGCCAAGCGCUGAGCACUGCCAAGUCAUCUGCACCCAUCACCCAAGGUGCUUGCUCUUCACGUUCAUGGCUGAAUCAUGGGCUGUAGAUCCUACCAAAUGGUUUACUUGCACCCUGAAAGACAGUGUCACGGGAACGCUGCCCAGGGUAAACAUGACAGGAGCUGUUUCUGGACACUCUUUCAAGCAAUGCUCAUGCCACAUAAGUGCUUGCAACACAGAAGUUUAUGAGGGCCUAGACAUGAAGGGCCUGGACUACAAUAGCUCUGUCACCAGGGACGCUGAGGAGUGCCAGGCCAGAUGCACCGAUGACAUGCACUGUCUCUUUUUCACCUACGAGACAGGGCAGUUCCCAAGCCCAGAGCACCGUAACAUUUGUCAUUUGAAGUACACCCAAGAGGGGACGCCAACCAACAUAUCGAAGCUCAGCGAAGUGGUGUCUGGAUUUUCCCUGAAACCCUGUGCUCUUUCUCACCUGGCUUGUAUCAGGUACAUUUUCCCUGGUACAGCGUUUGCAGACAAUAACAUCGACAGUGUCAUGGCUCCCGAUGCCGUUGUCUGUCGCAACAUUUGUACUCACCAUCCCAAUUGUUUGUUUUUUACCUUCUUUUCUCAAGAAUGGCCAAAGGAAUCUGACAGAAAUCUUUGUCUCCUUAAGACAUCUAACAGCGGAUCACCAGGCGCACGCAUUAAAAACAGAGGAGCUAUUUCUGGCUUCAGUCUUCAACACUGCAGGCACAGCAUCCCAGUGUUCUGCCAUCCUUCAUUUUACCAUGACACCGCUUUCUUGGGAGAAGAACUGACUGGGCGUUUUGGAUGUAAAAGGUCACAAAGCCUGCCAGAGAUGUGUACCGACACCAUCUGGUGCCAAUUUUUCACCUAUUCUCCUUCUCAAGAACCUCACCAUGGAGAGAAGGGUAAAUGUUACUUAAAACUUUCUUCCAAUGGAUCGCCAACUAAAAUACUUCAUGGGACGGGAAGCAUCUCCGGAUAUACGUUAAGGUUAUAUAAGAUGGAUAAUGAAUGCACAACCAAAAUCAAGGUCGGAAUUGUUGGAGGAACGGAGUCUGUUCAUGGUGAGUGGCCGUGGCAGGUAACCGUGCACAUCUCGUCACUCCUCCAGAGACACCUGUGUGGAGGCUCCAUCAUCGGACACCGGUGGAUAUUAACAGCUGCUCAUUGUCUCAAAGAGGUACAGUCACUUCAAGAUUUGCGUGUCUAUGGUGGCAUUUUAAAUCAAUCAGAAAUAAAAGAGAAUACAUCUUUCUUUGGGGUUCAAGAAAUAAUAGUUCAUGAUCAGUAUGAAGUGGCAGAAAGUGGGUAUGAUAUUGCCUUGCUGAAACUGCAAACGGCAAUGAAUUACACAGAUUUUCAACGGCCCAUAUGCCUGCCUUCCAAAGCAGAUAGAAAUGUAAUGUAUACUGAUUGCUGGGUGACUGGAUGGGGGCACAGAAAAUUUAAAGGCAAAAUACAAAAUACUCUCCGUAAAGUCAAGAUACCCUUGAUGACACUUGAAGAAUGCCAGGCGAGAUACAGCGAGUAUAAGAUAACCAGUAAGAUGAUCUGCGCGGGCCAUAAAGACGGAGGGAAGGACGCUUGUAAGGGAGACUCGGGGGGCCCCCUGUCCUGUAAACACAAUGAGGUGUGGUACUUGGUGGGCAUCACGAGUUGGGGCGAUGGCUGUGCUAAAAGGAAACGACCAGGCGUCUACACCAGUGUGGCCCAGUAUGUGGACUGGGUUUUGGAGAAAACUCAAGCAUGA